AUGAAAGCUGGUAUUAAAUCGGUUCAAUCUGGGUACAGUGCUCUUCAUCAGGCUGCAACUGAAGGUCAUGAAGAAGUUGUGAAACUACUUUUGAAACGUGGGUGUCAUGUGGAUACACAAGACGAUUUGCAUGGUAAUACAGCUUUACAUGAAACAGCUUGGAAAGGUUUCAGUCGCACCCUUCAACUUUUGUGUAAAUAUCAUGCAAACCUUUACAUCAAAAAUCAUGGUGGCUUUACACCACUUCAUUUAAGUUGCCAAAGAGGUCACAACCAAUGUUGCAGAACUCUGCUCCUUGCAGCUUGUAAGCCUGACAUCAGGAACAGCUAUGGAGACACACCUCUGCACACGAGUGCAAGAUAUGGUCAUGUUGGAGUACUUCGCAUUCUCAUCAGUGCUUUUUGCAAUGUUAGUGAAACCAACAAAAAUGGUGAUACAGCCUUACACAUAUCCUGUGCAAUGGGGAGGAAUAAGCUUACUCGUGUCCUGCUAGAAGCUGGAGCAGACUGCAAGAUUCAGAAUAAUCAAGGAGAAACUCCACGGGAUAUAGCUGAGAGAAAAGGUUUCCAUGAGGUAGCUGAGCUAUUGGACAACCCCCCUGUCACUCGAAUUCCUGUACAACAUAACCAAGAUUCUACAAAGAAGCAUCAUAAAGAUCAUAGUGCAACUUCACAGGAGGGAAAGAAAGAGAAAAAGAAGAGUAAGAAAUCUUCAAAGGUGCACUUUUCUGAUGGGAAGAAAAAGACAGCCAAAUGUGGGAAUAUCAGCCCUUAUGGCUGCCAUCAAUCUCCUGAUCCAGAAUCCUUUCCUUCUCUCAAGCUAAUGUCUUUACCUCAAGAACCGCUCAAAAGUGGCGAGCAGUAUUAUGCAGACCUUGCAGGGAACAUCAAAAAAGGACCUCGUGGUCUUGGCUACACAUGUUAUUGUGCGCCUUUUUUCCACCAUGUUGAAAGAAAAUUAGAUGCCCAGAAAAAGGAACUUCUUGAAAAACUAGAAGGCCAAGGCGAAAAUCUGGAAGCUAAGAUAAGAGGUCUUGAGAAAAGAACAAAAGAAAGGCUCUCUGGACUUGACCAAAGGGUAAAAGAAAGCCUUGCUGCUGAAAGGGGUGAAUGUGCUGAAAGAAUUGAUCGUAGACUUUUCCGUGAACGUUGUGAAUUAGACCAGAGACAAGAAAGGACUACAAGAGCUUUGCGCUCUGAAAUGAGAGCAUGGUCUAGAGGAGAAACAUCUGCUCAAAGUGGCUUAGAACCAGAGCACAAUAUUGACAUUCCUCUGCACAAUAACGGUGCAACAUUUUACUGUAAUAAGGAUUAUUCUCAAAGUGGGCUUUCUAGGUCCAAAUCAGAAGAUAUGUUGUCAGAUACUCAGAGUCAUCAAAAUAGCAUUUCUUUGGUUUCUGGUGCUACUUCUCGAUUUUCUGGUCAUGGGAAAUUAUGGAAUGGUUCUGCUGCUGCAAAUAAACCAGAUAGUAAUUUAAGAACUGGGAAUUCCAAGCAUGAACAGUCUGUUUCUAGAUUAAAAAUGAAAUGCCUUGGUAAUUUUGACCUCAAACGUGAAAGUAGAAGUGAGGGUGAUCUUACUCGUUGUCAUAUAAUCUCAGAUCAAGAUUCAGAAUUGACAAACAAUAAUGUUGUGCAGAAUGAUAUGACAGUUAAAGCAUCUAGCAAAUACCCUUAUUCUCCUGAAUCCAAUAAUGAUGUAUCAGACUACAAUGGAACUCCAUAUGGUAGAAAUAUUUCGUUAAAUAAAAAUAUUCCAUCUAAUAUGAAUAUUUCUUUCAAGAACACUUUCAGGCCCAAAUCGAAACCACCAUCUAUUUCAAAGCCAACAGUAUUGAGCUCUAUGGAUAAUCGCAGUACAUCAUAUGUCAAUGAUCCAUCUAAUUCUAUGAACAUCAAAUCUCCUUACCGAACAAAUCACAAUCAUGACCAGAAUCAUAAAUCUGCUUUCCCAUUAGAAAAUAAUGAUGGCUCUAGCUUUGUUUAA